AUGCGUGAGACGUAUAAGAGAUACCAGAAAGCGACUACGGAGGCAGUGCUGAGCCAGCCGGAUCUCAUCCAAAUUGGCCAGGAAGCAGAUCGCUACGAUGCCGCCAGUCACGAUGUGGGCGUACCGGCCAACCUAAGCGGUGCAUUCGCUAGUUUCUUGGAUCGUGAACCUGAGCCAUGUACCUCUGCAGAUUCUGCAUGUAUUGGCAGAGUCUACGAAAUCCCUGGUGUACCAGGCUUGUAUAUAUAUCCAUCGCUACUCUCAUCCGCAGUGCAGCUUGAAUUGCUCGACAAACUUCUGCAUCGGGAUGUAUCGAAUCCUCGUCACAGCACGAAUGUGCAUCGCUUUCAUCGCGUAGAGUAUCCCCCAUCCGAAGGCACAGGAUCGUCGGCCUCUUUCUUCUCGCCAGCUGCGACUAGCACAAUAUUUGAGCCUCUUGAUCCUGCUGUUCACAAGCCGUUCGGUGUCCAGCAGUUCUGGAACAAAAAGCUCCGCUGGAUCACACUUGGUGGCCAAUACGACUGGACAGAAAAGCAAUAUCCGUCUGAAGAUCCACCCGAGUUCCCUGCUGAUAUCAAGAAGCUGGUGGAAGACUUAUUCCCGAUGAAAGCGGAAGCGGCUAUUCUGAACCUGUACUCGCCAGGCGACACGCUGAGCCUGCAUCGAGAUGUCAGCGAAGAAAGCAAUCAGCCCUUGGUCAGUAUCUCCAUCGGCUGCGACGCCAUUUUCAUCGCUGGUCUCGAGGAGAAGGAUGUAUCCGGCGGGAACUGCUCUACCGCUGCCAUUCGUCUGCGGUCGGGCGAUGCCGUGCUCAUGAGCGGUCCAAGCAGAUACGCGUGGCACGGAGUUCCGAAGGUGCUUCCGAAUACCUGCCCAGAAUGGUUACAAUCAUGGCCUGCUGCGGAGAAAGCGCCGCAAUAUCAAGUAUGGAAGAACUGGAUGGGGGGCAAACGGAUCAACCUCAACGUCCGACAAAUGUUUGACUGACUCUGCUGGACUCUGUCGAGCACGAUCAAACUUUCACGAUACAGAUCACGUUCUCCAUAUCG